GCUGGGGUUGCCAGGCCAGGCUAGGAGCGAGGGAAAUCACCCAAGAUGGCCUGGAAUACUAACCUUCGGUGGCGUCUGCCACUAACCUGCUUCAUCUUACAGGUGGUCAUGGUGGUCCUGUUUGGGGUAUUUGUGCGCUACAAUCCCGAGGCGGAUGCACACUGGAAUGAGGAGAAGAAGAAACAGAACAUUUCGAGCGAUGUAGAGAAUGACUUCUACUACCGGUACCCAAGCUUCCAGGACGUCCAUGUUAUGAUCUUUGUGGGUUUUGGCUUCCUCAUGACCUUCCUGCAGCGCUAUGGUUUUGGCUCUGUUGGUUUCAAUUUCCUUCUUGCGGCUUUUGGAAUCCAGUGGGCACUGCUGAUGCAAGGCUGGUUCCACUCCUUCCAUAAUGGCUAUAUCCUCAUUGGUGUGGAGAACCUCAUCAAUGCUGACUUCUGUGUAGGCUCUGUUUGUGUGGCCUUUGGAGCUAUCCUUGGCAAGGUUAGCCCUAUCCAGCUGCUCAUCAUGACCCUGUUCCAAGUGACCCUCUUUUCAGUGAAUGAGUACAUCCUCCUCAGCCUUCUCCAGGUAAAGGAUGCUGGUGGCUCUAUGACUAUCCACACAUUUGGGGCCUACUUUGGACUUACAGUGACCUGGAUCCUCUAUCGACCCAACCUGGAGCAGAGCAAGGAGAGGCAGAGCUCUGUAUACCACUCAGACCUCUUUGCUAUGAUUGGUACCCUGUUCUUGUGGAUGUACUGGCCUAGCUUUAACUCAGCUGUCUCCAACCAUGGAGAUGCCCAGCACCGGGCAGCCAUCAAUACUUACUGCUCCCUGGCUGCCUGUGUGCUCACCAGUGUGGCUCUCUCCAGUGCCCUACAACGGAAGGGCAAGCUUGACAUGGUUCACAUCCAGAAUGCAACACUUGCCGGUGGUGUGGCUGUGGGGACAGCAGCUGAGAUGAUGCUCAUGCCCUAUGGUUCUCUUAUUGUUGGUUUUAUCUGCGGCAUCAUAUCCACUGUGGGCUUUGUCUACUUAACACCAUUCCUGGAAUCCCGGCUGCGCAUCCAAGACACCUGUGGCAUCAACAAUCUUCAUGGCAUGCCAGGCAUCAUUGGGGGCAUUGUAGGAGCUGUCACUGCCAAUGAAGCACGUAUAUCUGUUUAUGGACAAGAAGGGCUCAUCAAAGCCUUUGACUUUGAAGGCUCCAAAAGUAGUUGGACCCCUCAAAAGCAGGGCCAGUACCAGGCAGCAGGCAUCUUUGUGUCUCUGGCCAUGGCCUUUGUGGGAGGUGCCAUUGUAGGUGUCAUUUUGAAAUUUCCACUUUGGGGACAAGCUGCAGAUGAAAACUGCUUUGAGGAUGAGGUCUAUUGGGAGGUGCCUGAAGUGGAGAAGAACAACAGCUACCAUCAUGAGGAUACCACCCUCAAGCCUGUGGCAUCAUAACACUGAGACCAGCUCCCUGUGGAAGAGAAGCAGCUGCAGGCCUCCUUUGGACCAUCUCAGCCUCAGUGGCCUCAGGAUUGAGAGUGUGUUUUUUCUGGGAGCCAAAUUUGAGGCACUGACCUGCUCCACACCUUCACCCUCUGGAUUAUCCACCCACAAACUUCUCUACCUUCUACCUCCUCCCUCCAAACACAGGAUUUGUCCCCCUUUAAAGAAACUCCAAGGCAGGGACUGCCUGGGAGACAUCUGAAUACUGAGGAAGAGGAAACAGAAAAGGGUCAAGGGAAGGGGGAGGAGUAAUGACCUGAAAUUGGGUUCCAGAGGGAUGAGAACCAGGGAGCUUCCGUUUAGGUUACAGGACCCAUCUGAGUGGGAGGCCAGGGCCUGGAGCCUUCCUUUUGUAGGGGAAGGGAGGAGAAUGGACACUUUCUAUCUGGACAAGGAGGGUUUUCUAGGCUGGUGAUCUGGAUUUUGAGAGAGGAUGGGUUCUGCUGCAAGAGAACUACUCCCUGAAGCAAGAAGACAAUGAUGCCACUGUGCCUGCUAGCUUAUGCUUUAUACUUGUCCCCCUGUCCCCUGGCUGCCCUGCUUCUUCAACUUGUGCUGCUGUUGAUGCCAGCCUCAGCAAAUAAAAUCGCCAUGAUGUCCA